CCAUGUCGUGGCUCCACAUUGCGCUAUCGUCUGAUGAUUGACCGCACACGCAUGCUCGACUUCAUCGGUCCGUCUUUCCGUCCAAUUUACUUCCUUCAUCAACAUCGGUCCUCCUCCUCCUCUCCUUCCUCCCAUCUGCUCCCACAUACUCCCAAUCCUCAUCUUAUUGGCAGUGUUGAUAGAAAUUAUUUCUGUGCUCUAGCCGUAGCUAUUGCCUUCACCUGUAAUCGCGGUGGUGGUGGUGGUGGCGAUGACGAUCAUAUAUCGACCGAUCUCCCAACGGGAGGAGGAAAAGAAACUACACCACCAUCACCAUCACCACCAACGCCACCAACACCGGUACCACGCCCUGAUGCCACCCUGUCAGGCAGUUGUUGUUGUUGUUAUGGUGGUGGUGGUGGUAGUGGUGGUGGUGGUGGCGGUUCUUCACUGGCCUCCUCCUUGCUAUUUCUUAUCCAUGCCAUCAAUUGCCUCACAGCUUGCAUGGCAUCUACGUGUGGAUGCGCUUCUGCGCCUUUCAUCAAACUUCUGAGUGUCACCACCUCAUCGCAUGAUGUAGUCUGUUAG